UGUCUCCUCAGAUUUCUGGAUUUAUUUUCUCACUUUUUUCCUCUGUCCGGAUGUAAAUCGAUGAAUCGAUGAAUUGAUCAACAGCUGCAGGAGAAAAAGGAAACGAAGAAGAAAAAGAAAAAGAAGAAGAAGAGGGAUUUAAGUGAUGUGAAUUUGUCCCAGUGAUCCGGAUUGAGAUGCGGUGAAGUUGUGUGUAUGUGUGUGUGUGUUUGUGUGUGUGUGGGAACCAGCUCCGGCUGCUGAUGAGGAUCAAACCGAGCGGAAACUGAUCAAAGAGCGGAUCGAUUAAAGAUGAUUCUCGGUGUGUGGAGCUGAAAGCAGCGGAGAUGUACGAGGAGAGACACAAAAGUGCUGGUCGUAAUGGCUACACCAAAGCAGUGGAUGGGGAAGAGGGAGGGGGUGAGGGUGAGGAAGAGGAGGAGGGAGGAGAGGGGGAUGGAGGGGGAGAAGGAGAGGGACACGAGAGGGAUGCAGACUGGGACGCAGAGCUGGAUGGAGAGGACGAAGGAGGAGUGAGGAUGACGAGAACCGACACGCUUCAUUCAACGACAAGUUCAACGGGGACACAGAGGAAGAGAGGACAACACGCUAAGAAACAGGUCCAGGGAAGUAAUCAGGUCCAACGAGCUCCCAGAGCAUUAUACUGUCUAAAACUCAACAAUCCAAUCAGACGAGCCGCUCUCUCCAUCGUCGAGUGGAAACCCUUUGAUAUCUUCAUCCUGUUAGCCAUCUUUGCCAACUGUGUGGCUCUGGGAGUUUCCAAACCGUUUCCUGAGGACGACUCCAACUCCACCAACCACGACCUGGAACAAGUGGAGUACGUCUUCCUCAUCAUCUUCACCGUAGAGACCUUCCUGAAGAUCCUGGCCUACGGUCUGGUGAUGCACCCCAGCUCCUACAUACGCAACGGCUGGAACCUGCUCGACUUCGUCAUCGUCAUCGUUGGGUUGUUCAGCGUCGUCUUGGAGACAAUGACUCAUAAAUCUGGUGAGGUGGCGACGUCUCAUCAUGUGCCGGGGAAACCUGGAGGUCUGGACGUCAAAGCUCUGAGAGCCUUCAGAGUCCUGAGGCCCCUCAGACUGGUCUCUGGAGUCCCCAGUCUGCAGAUUGUGUUGAACUCCAUCAUGAAGGCGAUGGUUCCUCUGCUCCACAUCGCUCUGCUGGUUCUCUUCGUCAUCAUCAUCUACGCCAUCAUCGGUCUGGAGCUCUUCAUAGGACGCAUGCACAGGACCUGCUACUACAUAGGAACAGAUAAUUACGUGGAGGACGACCCGGUGCCGUGUGCGUUUGCCGGUCACGGUCGUCAGUGCAUGGUUAACGGCACCGAAUGUCGGGGGAGGUGGGACGGUCCCAACGGAGGCAUCACCAACUUCGACAACUUCUUCUUCGCCAUGUUGACGGUGUUCCAGUGCAUCACCAUGGAGGGGUGGACCGACGUCCUCUACUGGAUGAACGACGCCAUCGGGUUUGAGCUGCCCUGGGUUUAUUUCGUCAGUCUGGUGAUUUUCGGGUCGUUCUUCGUUCUCAACCUGGUUCUGGGAGUCCUCAGCGGAGAGUUCAGUAAGGAGAGGGAGAAGGCGAAGGCUCGGGGAGAUUUCCAGAAGCUGAGGGAGAAGCAGCAGAUGGAGGAAGAUCUGUGUGGAUACAUGGACUGGAUCACUCAGGCUGAGGACAUGGACGAACUGGACGAGGACGGAAACCCACGUCCGUCUCUGGGAGAUCUGUCGGAUAAGAAGAGAGGGAAGUUCGGAUGGUUCAGUCACUCCAAUGAAACACACGCAAGUCUUCCUGCCAGUGAAACAGCGUCUGAAAACACUGAAAACAUCGAUGAGGAACACACCAACUGCUGCCAGGCCUGCUGCUCUCGGAUGAUGAAGAUCGGCUGCUGUCGGACGCUGCGUCGGUGGAAUCGAGUCUGUCGCAGGAACUGUCGCACUGCCGUCAAAUCGGUGACGUUCUAUUGGCUGGUUCUGCUGCUCGUCUUCCUCAACACCUCCCUCAGUGCCUCUGAGCACUACAACCAACCUGAUUGGCUGACACAAGUGCAAGACAUCGCCAACAAGGUGCUGCUGUCUCUGUUCACGGUGGAGAUGCUGCUGAAGAUGUACAGUUUGGGUUUGGCUCAUUACUUCGUGGCGUUCUUUAACCGCUUCGACUGUUUCGUGGUGUGCGGCGGCAUCAUGGAGACCAUCCUGGUGGAGCUGGAGAUCAUGCCUCCUCUGGGGAUCUCGGUGCUGCGCUGCGUCCGCCUGCUGAGGAUCUUCAAGGUCACACGCCAUUGGACGGCUCUGUCCAACCUGGUGGCGUCUCUGCUGAACUCCAUGAAGUCCAUCGCCUCCCUGCUGCUGCUGCUCUUCCUCUUCCUCAUCAUCUUCGCUCUGCUCGGCAUGCAGCUGUUCGGAGGGAAGUUCAACUUUGACGAGACGCAGACCAAACGUAGCACCUUCGACGCCUUCCCGCAGGCGCUGCUCACCUGCUUCCAGAUUCUGACCGGUGAGGACUGGAACGUGGUCAUGUACGACGGCAUCAUGGCGUACGGAGGGCCGGUGUUUCCAGGGAUGAUCGUCUGCGUUUACUUUGUCAUCCUCUUCAUCUGUGGUAACUACAUCCUGUUGAACGUCUUCUUGGCCAUCGCCGUGGACAACCUGGCAGGAGGAGACGGAGACGACAAGAAGAAAGAGAAGAAGACGGAGGGAGCGGAGGAGGGGGAGGCUGGAGUAGAAGAAGGAGAAGAAGAGGAAGCGAAGGUGGACAUCGAUGAAGACACCGAGUACGAGGAGGAGGAGGAGCUUCCUGAAGGAGAAGACGAUGGAGGAGUCCAGUUGAAGAUGGCCGACCUGGCUCCUCCUAAAGAGAAGGUUCUUCCAAUCCCAGAAGGCAGUGCGUUUUUCUGCCUCAGCAAAACAAACCCCAUCCGUGUGGCCUGUCACACUCUGAUCCACCACCACAUCUUCACCAACCUCAUCCUCGUCUUCAUCAUCCUCAGCAGCUGCUCAUUGGCUGCCGAGGAUCCAAUCAGAGCGCACUCCUUCAGGAACAACAUUCUGGGUUAUGCAGACUACGCCUUCACCUCCAUCUUCACCGUGGAGAUUCUGUUAAAGAUGACGGUCCACGGAGCGUUCCUCCAUCAGGGCUCCUUCUGUAGGAACUGGUUCAACCUGCUGGAUCUGCUGGUCGUCAGCGUGUCUCUGGUCUCCUUCUUCCUGCACUCCAGUGCCAUCUCUGUAGUGAAGAUCCUCCGAGUCCUGCGAGUGCUCCGACCUCUGAGAGCCAUCAACAGAGCCAAAGGACUGAAGCAUGUGGUGCAGUGUGUGUUUGUGGCGAUCAGGACGAUCGGGAACAUCAUGAUUGUCACGACGCUGCUUCAGUUCAUGUUUGCCUGCAUCGGAGUCCAACUCUUCAAGGGCAAAUUUUAUCGCUGCACAGACGAAGCCAAACACACUCCUGAACAGUGCAAAGGGACCUUCGUGGUGUAUAAAGACGGAGACGUGAACCUGCCGAUGGUCAGAGAGAGGAUCUGGCAGAACAGUGACUUUAACUUUGAUAACGUGUUGAUGGGGAUGAUGGCGCUCUUCACCGUCUCCACUUUCGAGGGCUGGCCCGCGCUGCUGUAUAAAGCCAUCGAUGCUAACGGGGAGAACUCUGGUCCCAUCUACAACUACCGGGUGGAGAUCUCCAUCUUCUUCAUCGUCUACAUCAUCAUCAUCGCCUUCUUCAUGAUGAACAUCUUUGUGGGUUUUGUCAUCAUCACGUUCAGAGAGCAGGGAGAGCAGGAGUACAAGAACUGUGAGCUGGACAAGAACCAGCGUCAGUGUGUGGAGUACGCUCUGAAGGCUCAGCCACUGAAACUUUACAUCCCAAAGAACCCGGUUCAGUAUAAGUUCUGGUCCAUCAUCAACUCCACAGGAUUUGAGUACGUCAUGUUCGUCCUCAUCCUGCUCAACACCGUUACACUGGCUGUCCAGCACUACGAACAGUCUAAAACCUUCAGCUACAUCAUGGACAUCCUCAACAUGGUGUUCACCGGACUCUUCACGGUGGAGAUGCUGCUGAAGCUGCUCGCUCUCAGACUCAGGCAUUACUUUGUGGACGCCUGGAACUCGUUUGACGCUCUGAUCGUGGUCGGCAGCGUCGUUGACAUCGUGGUCACUGAGUUCAGCAGUGGGGAGGACAGCUCUCGGGUGUCAAUCACCUUCUUCCGUCUCUUUCGAGUGAUGCGAUUGGUCAAGCUGCUGAGUAAAGGAGAGGGGAUUCGGACGCUGCUGUGGACAUUCAUCAAGUCGCUGCAGGCUCUGCCGUAUGUCGCUCUGCUCAUCGCCAUGAUCUUCUUCAUCUACGCCGUCAUCGGGAUGCAGACCUUUGGGAAGGUAGCGAUGCAGGAUCACACUCAGAUCAACAGAAACAACAACUUCCAGACGUUUCCUCAGGCUGUUCUCCUUCUCUUCAGGUGUGCCACAGGUGAGGCGUGGCAGGAGAUCAUGUUGGCCAGUCUCCCAGGUAAACGCUGUGACCCCGAGUCAGACUACGAACCAGGAGAAGAGUUCAGCUGCGGCAGCAACUUCGCCAUCGUUUAUUUUAUCAGCUUCUUCAUGCUGUGUGCUUUCCUGAUCAUUAACCUGUUUGUCGCUGUCAUCAUGGACAACUUUGACUAUCUGACACGUGAUUGGUCGAUUCUGGGACCGCAUCAUCUGGACGAAUUUAAGAGGAUCUGGUCUGAAUACGAUCCAGAGGCCAAGGGUCGUAUAAAGCACCUGGACGUCGUGGCUCUGCUCAGGAGGAUUCAGCCUCCUCUGGGUUUUGGGAAACUGUGUCCUCACAGAGUGGCCUGUAAGCGCCUCGUAGCGAUGAACAUGCCUCUGAACAGUGACGGGAUGGUGACCUUUAACGCCACGCUCUUCGCUCUGGUUCGCACCGCCCUCAAGAUCAAGACUGAAGGUAACCCCGACCAGGAGAACGAGGAGCUGAGGGGGAUCAUCAAGAAGAUCUGGAAGAGGAUGAAACCAAAACUCCUGGAUGAAGUGAUACCACCACAUGAAGAGGAGGAAGUGACAGUCGGGAAGUUUUAUGCGACCUUCCUGAUUCAGGAUUACUUCAGGAAGUUCAGGAAGAGGAAAGAGAAAGGAAAUCUGACGGGAGAGCCAGACGCUACCAACCCGUCUGCUGUCCAGCUGUGUAAAGCUGGUCUGAAGACUCUGCAGGAUCUCGGUCCAGAGAUGCGUCUGGCUCUGAACGAGGACCUGGAGGAAGAGGAUGAGGCCAUGAUGGAGGAUGAAGAGAUGGAGGAGGACGCUGCGUAUGAGGGUGAAAAUGGCUUCGGACCAGAGAAAGAUCGCCGAGGCUCCAUACUGACCACGCCCACUGGUCCUGGCGGUGUGGUGGGCGAUGGCGGCGUGUCUAAUGGAGGUCUGGUUCACCGGGUCGGCUCUCUCACCAAGAUGCCAAAUGGCAGCGAACGUGAUGAACAUAUUCGCCGUGGAGACAACAUGAGGUCAUCCAUCAAUCAUCACCAUCAGCGCCGCCCAUCAGUGAGGAACGGCCUGCUGGACCACAAGAGACCGUCGUACCACAAAUACGCAAGGAGGGACUCGAGGGACAGGUACUGGAGGAACGGAGACAUGGAGGCGUACGGAGAGCAGGGUUACUACAGCAGAGAGGAGGACAACGACAGCAUCACCUCCAGAGACAGACAUUACCCUGAAGAGCCUCCUCUGUACAGAGACCACUACGAUGGCCACGCCCCCUACACCAACAGUAGCUAUGGUAACGGAUACAACGAGGGCAGGAGGACCACCAGGAGACGCCUUCUUCCUGCCACGCCCACAGGUCGGAAGCCAUCAUUCAACAUCCAGUGUCUGAGGAGGCAGGGCAGCAGUGACGACCUGCCCAUCCCUGGGACGUACCACCCCACCUCCCCUCCACGCCGCACACGCACACAGACCUUCAGCAGUUACGAGUCUCGUCACUCCUCCGGUCGCUCCUCAGCAGCCUCCUCGGCGUCCUGGGCAAACCCGUGUCCGCGGCGUGGUCGCCUCCUCUACGCUCCGCUCAUCCUGGUGGAGGAGGAAGGCAGAGGAGAGGUGAAGAAGGGAGGAGCAGGAAGAGGUGUCAGUGUGACGGGUGCAGCACCCAGACCGGCCUGGUACGGAGGCCCUGCAGGGACAUCAGCUCCUCCUCCGUACAGAGCGUACACCACCCUCAGAGUCCCCUCGCAGCUCGGCGCUCAGCUCACAGAGAAACGAGGCUCAGCCGACAGUCUGGUGGAGGCGGUUCUGAUCUCCGAGGGUCUCGGUCUGUACGCCCGGGAUCCAAAGUUCGUGGCGUUUGCAAAGCGGGAGAUAGCAGAUGCCUGUCACAUGACGGUGGACGAGAUGGAGUCUGCUGCCAGCGACCUGCUCGGCACCGGGAGCCACAGUUUCCUUAGCAGCGUUGCCGCUGACCCCGCCGCACUCUACAGUGAUGAGGAGCCAAUCAGGACAGGCCGUGACGAGGAUGAGCUGGCCGACGAAAUGACCUGUGUGACAUCAUUUUGAUGGCCUCUGGACCAAUGACAGAUGAGACUGAGAUUAGCAUCAGUGAUUGACAAGACAUUUGACCAAUCAGGUGAUAAGACAGAGAGGAGGGCGGGGUUUAAUCAGAGUAAUACUGACUGACGAGAUUGGUGGAAGAGCGAUGGAAGAUGGCGGUCAGCAGAGUGUGACUCAGCGCUGUCAAGUCAUUGUGACGUGUAUCGUCAGCGUGUUGCUGUGGUGAAGCUGCACAGAAUCACACUUUACCCAAAAUGCACUGCUGCUAGUUUUACAGGUUGUGUUGUUUUAUAAGAAGGUAAACACAGUUACAGCUACCCAGCUAAAGGUUAGCGCUGUGCUGCAGCCAGUUAGCUUAAAGAGGGAAUAGCUACACCCACGCCAACAAAGUAUCGACCACCAGCAGCUGUGCGGCGUUAGCACGCUCAGAGUUACUGCACAGACCACAGACUGUAUGUCAAGAUGGCCGACGCGCCUCCACAUCCUCCCACUGUACAAAAGUUAAGCCAAAAUAUCCAGAUAUGUCCUCUGUCAUCUUAGACUGGUGACGUCAUUAAGAGCUAGAGUCUGUGCAGUAACGAUCCCUGCUGUGUCGAGUUCCUGCCUGUACACCUGUCUGACCCAAUCACAAGCAGUGCGAUUGGUGGAGGAGCACACUGAUUGGCUCACACAGCUGUCAGUCAUGACAUCAAAUUUAUAUAACAUCAAAUAACUAAUUAAACCAAACUUAUCAGAAAACAGAAACUUGAACAAACAGCAGCGUGAUUAAAAAAGACCUAAAAAAACAGUUUGGCCCAUGACCCAUCUGCUAACAUAGAGGGGGCGGGGUUUAUGACCUAUACUGCAGCCAUCAGGUGUGAUCCAGAUGUUUUGGCUUCACUUUUGGGGAGCUGUCACGUCGUUCAUCUUUAUACACAGUCUGUGGCAGGGACCAAACACUGCUGGCUAAACAGGAAUGAAUCCUACAACCCGGAAAUCAGUUAGCAUUCAGUGUGCUGUAGGUUAGAUGUCUGAAAUAAGGUUUGUUUUUGACACGAGCUGAAGAGACUUUCACGUUUUGUUCUACAACAUAAAAUACAUCAGUAAAUUCCCCACUGUGAAUCUAGAAGCUUUUAUAAGUCUUAAAAAAGAUGGUUGCUAACAAGUGGCUCAGUGAGACUACAGAACAUUGUCACGCCGAACACGGCAUUACAGCCUUGUGGUGGUGACGCUGAAGUUGUGACAGUGGUGUAGUUUGUAGCAAAACACUUUUUACCUUCAGCGACUGCAUUUAUGCUUCAAAAAUCAUGAAGGUGGUGUUCAUGUGUGAAGAUUAUCUUUCUGAACAAAACCUGUAAAUAUCACAAACAUUUCUUUGUCACAGAGUUUAUUUUCUGCAAUAAUCCAAUGGAAAACUACCACCGGCCUAUUGACAGGGAAACAGGACGACGCUAACCUCAGGGUUGGCUCACAGGAAAAUGUCCUCCCAGCAGGGUUCUGUACAGAGGGACACAUAUAAAAUGCUUAUGGUUGUGAUGUUUUAAAGGUCUACAGCACUUUCAACAAGCUAGCCAAACAUUAGUCUCGCCACCAGACAAUCAGAGAUCUCCGCCUUCUGAUAGUCUGGGGACAC